AUGAUCCGACCAACUGCGAUGAUCGAACUGCUUGCUUCGGUAAUCAAUCGCCUGAGAUCUCGCCAUCGCCUCUCUCCUCAUCAUUGCUUUCCUUUACUGCGAUAUUGUGCUCUGCUCGUUGGUCUCCUUUCGGACCUCUUGGGCUCUGUACAUUAUCUCUUCGCCUGUUACUUCCUAGUCCCCCUUUUUGCCCUGUUACCCUUCCUAAACUCUAGGAGCAUGCUCCGCGGCCAGAGCCUCCGCUGGAGUGCCGCGCUCCAGGCACCGCGUCCUUUACUCCUUCGACCCCUAUUUGCUUCGCGCGGGCAUAAUGUCGGUACACGAUCACUCCUAGGGUCAUCACGCCGUUUCCGCUCGCUUCCAUCGUCUCCUCGCACAUUUUCCUCGAGCACCGUCCGGCGGAGAGAAAAGCCCCCACCCGGAGAUGGAAAGGAGGAUCCGGAUCAAAAAGAAAAUAAAGGUGAAACCCAGGACAAGGAGGUAGAGCGCGAGACUCGUAGGAAGCAGCUUGAUGCAUCUGGGAAGCAUGGUUCAUCAGCAGAUUCCGGGACUCCGACAUCGGGCGUUUCAAGGCGAAAGGACAAGUCGGCGGACAAAGAGCAACGUGGAGUCGAAGAAGAAGGGAAGAAAGACGCUGAAGGACGGAACAAUUCUUCAGACACUCCGGACCCUAUUCCCGUGAGCGGGGCGGAUUCGAAGCCCAGCGGCUCGAGCAAUGGAAGCGACGACGGUGGGAAGAAAGGCAAGAAGGGCGCAAAUGAUAAAGCUCUGCAAAAGCCCUCAGUCCCUGAUGUUUACCCUCAGGUCAUGGCGAUUCCAAUCGCUAAACGCCCGCUCUUCCCCGGUUUCUACAAGGCUAUUACCAUCCGCGAUCCGAAUGUGGCUACAGCCAUUCAAGACAUGAUGAAGCGCGGACAACCGUAUGUAGGAGCGUUCUUGUUCAAGGAUGAAAACGCGGAUGGCGAUGUUAUCGAGAACGUUGAUGAUGUUUAUGACGUCGGUGUAUUCGCGCAAAUCACCGCUGCUUAUCCCCUCCGGGGAGAGCAGAGCGGCGUGACUGCCGUUCUCUACCCACACCGACGCAUCAAGAUUUCCUCCUUGCUUCCGCCAGGCGACUCUGCAAAGCCCGCCACACCCGAGGACAAGUCUACUGAGAAACGUGGGGAUGUCGUUGCGAGCUUUGAGGAGAACACUGCUGAGGUUGUGCCGAAGGAUCAUUACGAACCUACAUCUUUCUUGCGGAAGUAUCCCGUCAGCCUGGUAAACGUCGAGAACCUGGCGGAGGAGCCCUUUGAUAAGAAGAGCGCACUCAUCCGUGCCGUUACGAGCGAAAUAGUCAACGUCUGCAAGGAAAUUGCGACUUUGAAUCCGUUGUUCCGUGACCAGAUCUCAGCAUUCUACACCGACCAAUUUCCCGGAAACCUGAGCGAUGAGCCUGCCAAGCUUGCUGACUUUGCUGCGGCGGUCUCCGCCGGAGAGCUGCAUGAGAUGCAAGAAGUCCUUGAGCUUAUGAAUAUCGAGGAACGACUACCAAAGGCGCUGGUCGUGUUGAAGAAGGAGCUCAUGAAUGCUCAGCUGCAAUCCAAGAUUUCAAAGGACGUAGAGGCAAAAAUUCAAAAGCGACAGCGAGAAUAUUGGUUGAUGGAACAAAUGAAGGGCAUUAAGAGAGAGCUGGGAAUCGAAUCGGACGGUAAGGAUAAGCUCGUGGAGAAGUUCAAGGAGAAAGCAGGGAAACUCGCGAUGCCGGAGGCUGUGAAGAAAGUUUUCGAUGAGGAGAUCAACAAAUUAGCUCACCUUGAGCCUGCUGCGUCCGAAUUCAAUGUCACCCGCAAUUACCUGGACUGGCUGACACAGAUUCCUUGGGGUCAAAAGAGUGUCGAGAACUUUGGAAUCAAGCACGCUACCAACGUAUUAAACGAGGAUCAUUACGGCCUGAAAGACGUCAAGGACCGCAUCCUCGAAUUCAUCGCCGUCGGGAAGCUCCGAGGUACUGUUGAAGGGAAGAUUCUCUGCCUUGUUGGUCCUCCAGGUGUCGGAAAGACGAGUAUCGGAAAGUCUAUUGCCAGGGCUUUGAACCGGCAAUACUACAGGUUCUCGGUCGGUGGCUUGACGGAUGUUGCGGAAAUCAAGGGACACCGUAGGACCUACGUGGGUGCUCUUCCUGGUCGAAUCAUUCAGGCUCUCAAGAAGUGCCAGACCGAGAAUCCUCUUAUCCUUAUUGAUGAAGUGGACAAAAUUGGUCGCGGCCACCAGGGGGACCCGUCCUCUGCGCUACUUGAGCUUCUCGACCCCGAACAAAAUUCUUCAUUCUUAGACCACUAUAUGGAUGUACCCGUCGACCUAUCGAAGGUGCUCUUCGUCUGCACUGCCAACGUUACUGACACGAUACCCCGGCCCUUGUUAGACCGUAUGGAAAUCAUUGAACUGUCUGGUUAUGUUGCAGAUGAGAAGAUGGCGAUUGCUCAACGUUAUCUUGGUCCCGCUGCCAGAGAACUUACUGGCCUCAAGAAUGUCGAUGUCACAUUGAGCGAAGAGGCGAUUGAAGAGCUUAUCAAGUCUUACUGUCGAGAGAGUGGUGUACGAAACCUGAAGAAGCAGAUCGAGAAGGUCUAUCGAAAGGCGGCCUUCAAGAUCGUGUCCGAUCUCGGAGAAGACGUGCUAGCAGAAGAGAAGGCCCUCACAGACGAGGGCAAGGCGGCGCAGGAGGAGUCGAACAAGGAGACGGAACCUAUAGAGAGAUCGAGUGAGCCGGAAAAUGCGACCACAGAAACCCCUCGGGUGGCACUCAAGGUACCCGAUAGUGUACAGCUCAACAUCGGCAAAGACAGCUUGACCGACUACGUUGGUCCGCCAAUCUUCACCGCUGACCGCUUGUAUGACACCUUCCCGCCCGGUGUCACAAUGGGCCUGGCUUGGACGAGUAUGGGUGGUGCGGCUCUCUACGUCGAGUCUAUCUUGGAAAAUGCAUUGACGCCCGAGUCGCGACCGGGUCUUGACAUUACGGGCAACCUUCAGAACGUGAUGAAAGAGUCAACACAUAUUGCGUAUUCCUUUGUGAAGUCGGUGAUGGCGAAACAAUUUCCGGAGAACAGGUUCUUUGAAAAGGCCAGACUACACAUGCAUUGCCCCGAGGGCGCCGUUCCCAAGGAUGGCCCGUCCGCUGGUAUUACAAUGGCGACAUCCCUCCUGUCGCUGGGAUUGAACCAUCCAUUGGAUCCCACGAUUGCGAUGACAGGAGAGUUGACCGUGACCGGCAAAGUACUGCGCAUCGGAGGCCUGCGAGAGAAGACGGUGGCCGCGCGCCGUGCCGGUGCCAAGAAGAUUAUCUUCCCAGCCGAUAACAUGUCCGACUGGCUAGAACUGCCUGAGAACAUCAAAGCAGGUAUCGAUGGCCACGCAGUGAGCUGGUACUCUGAAGUAUUCGACAUCCUCUUUGCCGAUCUCGAUAAGGACGCUGCGAAACGCGUCUGGCAGAAGGAGCUGUCAGAGGAUUCCAAGAAGAAGAAGUCCAAAGACCAUGACGAGGACGAUGACUGA